CUGAGCUCCAUCUCAACCAAUGCGCACACAGAAACUUCGCUCACAGGCGGUGUAGCUAACAGCUAAGCUAAGCUACGGUUGCUGCAUACGACAUGGAGAGAAAAGUUUUGGCUCUUCAGGCAAGGAAAAAGAGGAGCAAAGCCAAGAAGACCUGCAAAAAGCAGCCGGCGAAUCCCAGCAGUCGUCAGCAGGCCCAAAAUGAAGCGUCGCCUCGGGAACCUGAAGAACCCGAGGAGAUUCUGGGCUCUGACGAUGAAGAGCAGGAGGAUCCCAACGACUAUUGCAAAGGGGGCUACCAUCAUGUAAAAGUCGGCGACCUUUACAAUGGAAAGUAUCAUGUCAUUAGGAAACUGGGAUGGGGACACUUCUCGACCGUGUGGCUCGCCUGGGACAUCCAGAUGAAGAGGUUUGUUGCAAUGAAGGUGGUCAAGAGUGCAGAACACUACACAGAAACAGCUGUGGACGAAAUCAAGCUUCUCAAGUCUGUGAGAAACUCAGACCCUGAUGAUCCCAAACGCGAAAUGGUGGUUCAGAUGUUGGAUGACUUUAAGAUCUCUGGUGUCAAUGGAACCCAUGUCUGCAUGGUAUUUGAGGUUUUGGGGCAUCACUUAUUAAAGUGGAUCAUCAAAUCAAAUUACCAGGGUUUGCCCCUACCCUGUGUAAAGAGCAUUAUUAGACAGGUUCUCCAAGGCCUCGACUACUUGCACACAAAGUGUCAGAUCAUCCACACAGACAUCAAGCCGGAGAAUAUCCUGAUGAGUGUCGAAGAGCCUUAUGUUCGGAAACUGGCGGCAGAAGCCACGGAAUGGCAGCGGGCAGGAGCGCCACCUCCCUCGGGCUCAGCAAUUAGCACCGCACCUGCUCCAAAACAGACUGUAAAAAUGUCCAAAAACAAGAAGAAGAAACUAAAAAAGAAGCAAAAGCGACAGGCGGCGUUGCUGGAAAAGUGCAUCAUGGACCUGGAGGAGAUGGAGAAGAUCACAGAGGUGCGGGAUGAAGACGACGAGGAUGUCGACGAGGAGACAGAGUCUCCGAAAGGCCGGGCCUGUGCUCCUCUGAGGCAGAUGUCUCUGAAGGAUGUGGGGAAUCAAGACGCACAAGAGAGUGGCAUGAAUGCAGACGGGCUGUCCGAGCUGAGCUGUAACGGACACACGGAAGCGGAGCAGAGAUUGCCCAGGUGGAGAGAGGAAGACCAACAUAAUGGCAACGCUGAGGAGAAGAAACACAACUCCAUCUGCAACGGUUUGGAUUGCGCCGACCUCAAGGAGGAGCUGCACGCUGAGAUCGAAGAAGCGGCUCACUGCAGCGGCUUGUCUGCCAGGCACUUUUCUGCCGGGCUGGAGAAGGGGUUGGAAGAGAGCAUUUGUCGAGAGCAAGGAGACGAUGGAAGCGAGGAAAAUCUGCAAAAUGGCAAGAAAACGGCAGGAUCCCUGCUCGUCAACCCCCUUGAGCCAGUCAAUGCGGACAAGAUCAAGGUUAAGAUUGCAGACCUGGGAAAUGCCUGCUGGGUGAACAAGCACUUUACAGAAGACAUCCAGACACGACAGUACCGCUCCUUAGAGGUACUCAUCGGCGCAGGGUACAGCACACCUGCGGAUAUCUGGAGCGCAGCCUGCAUGGCAUUUGAACUCGCCACAGGAGACUACUUGUUUGAACCACACACUGGUGAAGAUUAUUCCAGGGAUGAAGACCAUAUAGCGCUGAUCAUUGAGCUGCUGGGGAGUGUCCCACGCAAACUCAUAAUGAACGGAAAAUAUUCGAAGGAUUUUUUCACCAAGAAAGGGGACCUGAAACACAUCACCAAGUUGAAGCCGUGGGGGUUGCUGGAGGUGCUGGUGGACAAGUACGAGUGGCCUCGCCAAGAGGCCGAGUCCUUUGCCGACUUCCUGCUUCCCAUGCUGGAGCUGGUCCCCGACAAGAGAGCCACGGCGGCCGAGUGCCUACGCCACCCCUGGCUGACCCUCUAGUAGACCUCUCUUCCCUUCCACUCUCUCCGGAGAAUGCAACAGAUCACUUUCCAGUUUGGGCAUAUCAUAUGAAUAUUUAUUUCUCUCGUCGUUCUUUGGUUAUCAUAUUUGUCGAUUCUCUCAGCGCAAUGGGGAUGUUCCUCGGUCGGCUUCAACUGAUGUACCGACCUAGCGAACCGUUCUUAUUCUCCUAGUGACUCUUCCUUGUUUGUUCUACUUCUGCACAAGAACCACCCCAAACAAACCAAGGAUAUGUAGCCAUGUCCCCACAAGUUCAUUAGUGCUGUCUCUUUCUUUUUAACUGGGUCUUUUAUUUUCUAUUAAACAUGUAUGAUAUACAUUUUUGUAUUAGUUAAGGAGGCUUACGAAAUUGCACACGGGGCUGGCAUGCACACUGACAAUGGUAACAUUCUAGCAGCAUUUCUCCAGGCAGACUUAUUAAGUGAGACACAAGUCUCUCGUCUGUUGAUGCACAAACGUCAUCUUUGUCAAGUGUUUUGCUGUGUAAUAGCUUCAUAAUAAUAAUAUUAAUGAUAACAAUAAUAAUAGAUGCAAUCGUUUGCGAAUCACUUUCAACCUCUAUUCAUUUGAGAACAGUGCAAAUGCACGUGAAUGGGCUCGACUUAACAUUUUGCUUGUACUGCAUUCACCUGAAUGUGUACCUUGAAAGGAUUUGCAAAUAUAAUCAUAUUUUUCCACACAUCCAAUAUAUGUUUUUUUUAUUUAGCCACAGUUCAACUUAGCGUCAAAUGAGCAAGCGCAUUGUCAUUGGAUGCUGGUAUUCUAGAAUAGCGUUUCCCAGCCUUUAUUGAGCCAAGGAACAUAUUAGGAAAAAAUCUCACGCCACACCAAUGAACAAAGUUCUGCCUGUCAUUAUAUGUUGCUGGCAGAGAUAGUUGAACAAAGAUACAUGGUUUGCGGUACUUAAUUUUUGGUGUAUUGGUUGGUUGGGAAUCAACUGUUCUAGAGUGGCACAAUUCAGGAAUUGAGUGCAACAGAAAGCCACAAAAAAACUAGACCAUCAAAAAGGAAAAAAAAAAAAAAGGAAAAAUUGUAUAUAUCUGUACCAAAGAGUUUACUUUCCUCUAAAUAUAUAUUAUGGUCAUGUACAGUUUUUAACAAAUCAGUAUAUCUUGGCUAAAGUGAUUUAGAUGGUUAGCUGUGUUUUAAUAAAUGGAUGAAAGAUGUUUGUGCUUAUGUGUGUGUGUGUGAGAGAGAGAGAGAGAGAGAGAGAGCUAAAGCUUAACAAAUUCAACGUAGAUUAAAGUUGCAUACCACACCAGUUUCUAUGAAUUGUUCUAUUAAAAAACUGUCACUCCUUUGCAAAGUCUGUAUCUUAGAGCCUUUAGGCUGGUUCAUCAAGGGUUUUCUGCGAAGAAAUAAAGAACAUGUAUUAGAAUUAGGAACGCUUUUUUUCUGCUGAACAAAUUCAA